CCUCACCCUUCAAUGCCCCCUCAAUUCCUCUCCACUCUUCCCUCCUCUGCCUCUCUCCGCUCUCCUCUCUCGCCGUAUGACGUCACAGACGCCCACCGGAAGGACGGACGAUAGCUGCCAGCCUCCUUCCGCCGCCCUUCAGAAGAACUGCCGCCACCGAGACCGUCCGUGGCGGGCAGUCCAGAGUGCAGUCCGGCUGCAGUCCAGCCCAGCUGCGCGACCUCUCUGACCUGGUGCUGGUGCUGGUGUAGCCGCAAUCAGUGCUGGUGUAACUGUUAUCAGUGCUGGUGCAGCCGCCGUCACUGCUGGUGCAACCUCAAUUGGUGCUGGUGUCUCUCUGCCGCUACUGUCGCUGACAUCCGCUUCGGAACGUUUAUUUGCACCGCUCGCUGGCAAGCUCACAAGAUGUCCGACAACUCUACGAUGGACCCUGCAGCUGGUGAAGAGGACCUCGGGGAGCUCAGCAAGUUCUCACAGCCGCUGAUGACUCUGACUGCCUUUCUGAUCGCCGUCUAUAUGAUCGUUGGUCUGUUCGGCAAUGCCAUCACGGUGCUGGCACUGCUCCGGUGUCCCCGCGUGCGAAACGUCACCACGGCCUUCAUCGUCAGUUUAUGUAUCGCCGACUUCUCUUUCUGUCUUCUGGUGCUGCCUUUUGAGGUUUCUCGCUUCUCUAACGGUGCCUGGCUGUUUGGAGAAGAGUUCCUCUGCGUUCUGUUUCCGCUGCUCAAAUAUGGAAACGUCGGCUGUUCCCUGCUUUCAAUCGCCAUGAUCACAAUCAACAGGUUUGUGAUGGUGGCGUUCAACAAGGCGUACCAGAAGAUCUACCAGUGGCGCUGGGUGUGGGCUCAGCUGGCGUUCAUCUGGCUCUACAGCUACCUGAUGUUGGUGCCUACGCUGGCCGGCAGCUGGGGCCGGUUCGGGUUCGACCCCCGUCUGAAAACGUGCACCAUUAUCAGGGUGGACGGCCGCUCAGCCAAGAUUCCCCUGUUCAUCAUCGGCUUCGUCAUCCCCUCCCUGGCCAUCUGUAUCUGCUACGCCGGCAUCCUCGCCGUCGUCAUCAUGUCCCACCGCCGCCAACGGCGGCACAGCGCUCGGGAGACCUCGCAACAGAAGAAGAGCCGAGAAGAGCGCUCUAGGAAGAGCGAGAUGCGCAUCACGAAAAUGUCACUGGCUGUGUUUGUCACGUUUGUCGUCUGUUAUCUGCCCAUCACCAUCGCCAAAGUGAAGGAUCCCACCGUGCAAUACCCAGGCGUGCACAUUCUGGGCUACAUUCUGGUGUACCUGUCUGCCUGCGUCAACCCCAUCAUCUACGUCAUCAUGAGCAAGCAGUACCGUCAGGCGUACAAGACGGUGCUGUUCUGCCAGCGACCGAGACUUUUCUCUGAGAACUCGUCCCAGUGCAGAGAGGAUCGCCAGCGUCCUCCCACCCCCAGCUCCUCCAAGACUAUGAUGUCGCAGUUAUCCGUGACUGAGCGGGAGUGGCGACACUCGCCGGGACCCCGGCUCAAGUCGGCCUCGUCCGCCUCUGAUAACACAUUCCGUGAACAGGAUGAAAGUCGGAUGUGACGCCGAACGGAUGUGGGGACGUGAUUGGGGCUGACCGAGACUCGAGACCCAGAACAGCGAACUGUAGCAUGCGAAAGCUUCUGUGAAAAUGGCAAUGCGCAUGUUUCGCGGCAUAAAAUGAUAAGAAGCAUUUAUUGUUGAUGGAAAUUGUGCAUUUUGGUACUCAACAGCGUAGCGGUGCAUUAGUUGACAUUUGUGAAAAAUGUGACGUUACUUAUAUGCAUGUUUAAUGUAACAAAAAGUCUUUGCGAGUUUUCUUAUCCGGGUGCAUGUUUUUCCAGUAUAUGCUGAUGUAAAACACGGCUCACAAUUGUUCUGAGGGUUGACAACUUACCAGCCCGUCAAAAAAAAAGAUUAAUAAAUAAAUAUGUAAUAAAAUAAAAAGCAGCAGACUAGCAAUGAAUUCCACGAAUACACAUGCUACCGUCUCA